GCCAUUGGCCCGCCGGCCGGGCACCUCUCAGUCCUCCGCAGUCUUCCGGGUGUUACGUGCAGCCGGGCUCGGCCCCUCCCCUUGGCCGGAUGGAUCCCUCGGCGCCGCAGCCCCGCGCGGAAAUCGCCCUCAAAGACAUAUGGCAUCCAGGAGAAAGAUGUCUGGCCCCUUCUCCAGAUAAUGGAAAACUUUGUGAAGCAAGCAUAAAAUCUAUCACAGUGGAUGAAAAUGGCAAACCAUUUGCAGUCAUCUUAUAUUCAGAUUUUCAAGAAAGGAAAAUACCUCUUAAACAGCUACAGGAAGUAAAAUUUGUUAAAGAUUGCCCCAGGAAUCUUAUAUUUGAUGAUGAAGAUUUGGAAAAACCUUAUUUUCCAAACCGAAAAUUUCCGUCGUCUCCUAUUGCUUUUAAAUUAUCUGAUGAUGGAGACUCUAUUCCUUAUACCAUCAAUAGGUAUUUGAGAGAUUACCAAAGAGAAGGAGCCCAGUUUCUUUAUGGACACUACAUCCAUGGAAGAGGGUGCAUUCUUGGUGAUGACAUGGGGCUUGGAAAAACAGUACAGGUUAUUUCAUUUCUGGCUGCAGUUUUGCAAAAAAAGGGAACUCGUGAGGAUAUUGAAAAUAACAUGCCAGAGUUUUUACUAAGAAGUAUGAACAAGGAACCUUCUUCUACAGCAAAAAAGAUAUUCUUAAUAGUUGCUCCUCUUUCUGUCCUCUACAACUGGAAGGAUGAAUUGGACACCUGGGGAUAUUUCAGAGUCACUGUUUUACAUGGAAACAGAAAAGAUAAUGAACUAAUUCGUGUAAAGCAGAGGAAAUGUGAAAUUGCUCUAACAACUUAUGAAACAUUGCGCUUAUGCCUGGAUGAACUUAACAGUGUGGAAUGGUCAGCUGUCAUUGUGGAUGAAGCUCAUAGAAUCAAGAAUCCAAAAGCCAGAGUAACAGAAGUUAUGAAAGCUUUGAAAUGUAAUGUCCGCAUUGGCCUCACUGGAACCAUUCUUCAGAACAACAUGAAGGAACUGUGGUGUGUUAUGGACUGGGCUGUGCCAGGUCUUUUAGGGAGCAACUCCUACUUCAAGAAGCAGUUUUCUGACCCAGUAGAACAUGGUCAGAGACACACAGCAACCAAGAGAGAACUAGCCACUGGCCGAAAGGCCAUGCAAAGACUUGCCAAAAAGAUGUCUGGUUGGUUUCUCAGGCGCACCAAGACUCUUAUCAAGGAUCAGUUGCCUAAGAAGGAAGACCGGAUGGUGUAUUGUUCUUUAACAGAUUUCCAGAAAGCUGUCUAUCAGACAGUGCUAGAAACAGAGGAUGUGACUCUGAUACUUCAAUCUUCUGAGCCUUGUACCUGUAGCAGUGGCCGAAAAAGGAGAAAUUGUUGUUAUAAGACUAAUUCUCAUGGUGAAACAGUGAAAACCUUGUAUCUCAGUUACCUUACAGUCCUUCAGAAGGUAGCUAACCAUGUCGCGCUACUGCAAGCUGUUAGUACCUCCAAACAACAGGAAACACUUAUCAAAAGGAUAUGUGAUCAAGUAUUUUCCAGAUUUCCAGAUUUUGUGCAGAAAACCAAAGAUGCAGCCUUUGAAACACUUUCUGACCCUAAAUACAGUGGAAAAAUGAAGGUCCUUCAGCAGCUUUUAAAUCAUUGCAGGAAAAACAGAGAUAAAGUUCUUCUCUUUUCUUUUUCCACCAAGUUGCUUGACGUGCUACAGCAGUACUGUAUGGCGUCUGGGCUUGAUUACCGACGACUUGAUGGAAGUACAAAAUCAGAGGAAAGACUCAAGAUUGUGAAAGAGUUCAACAGUACACAAGAUGUUAACAUUUGCCUUGUCUCUACAAUGGCUGGUGGACUAGGCCUCAAUUUUAUUGGUGCCAAUGUUGUUGUAUUAUUUGAUCCCACUUGGAAUCCAGCCAAUGAUCUUCAAGCCAUAGACAGAGCAUAUAGGAUUGGACAAUGUAGAGAUGUGAAAGUGCUUAGGCUGAUCUCCUUGGGAACUGUGGAGGAAAUCAUGUAUUUACGACAGGUAUACAAGCAGCAACUUCACUGUGUGGUGGUUGGAAGUGAAAAUGCCAAACGAUAUUUUGAAGCAGUUCAAGGAUCAAAAGAGCAUCAAGGAGAGCUUUUUGGGAUCCAUAACCUCUUCAAACUAAGGUCCCAAGGGUCUUGUCUUACAAAGGACAUCCUGGAGAGAGAAGGCCAAGUGGAAGCAGGGAUCAUGACAGCCACGACGUGGUUGAAAGAGGGACCUCCGGCACACAAACUAGAAAUGCCUACAGAGUCUGACUCUCAGGAAUGCAGAGGUCCAGAACAAGCUACAGAGCCACUGGCAAAGGAAGCGUGUGAUUUCUGCAGCGACUUCAGUGAUGAAGAAUCAGUGGGAGCUGCAGGAGUACAGACUGCCAAAAACAAAGCACCUGAUCCAAGUAAAGCUUCCACCUCUCCAGGACAGCUUACUUUACUCCAGUGUGGUUUCUCGAAAUUGUUUGAGGCAAAAUGUAAAGCAGUUGAGGACAGUGAUGGAAAUACUGCUUCUGAUGAGGAAAGUUCUGAUGAGCAGCCCAUAUGCCUUUCAACAGAAGCCACAGUUGCUGAUUGUGAGAAAAAUCAGGACUCUCUUGGUACUUCAAAACAUCAGAAAAUAGAUAACAUCCUAAAUCCAAAAGAAAAGUAUAUUUUUUAUAAAAAUGAGAAGAUUUUAAAACAGAAUAUUUCUUCUAAGUCUGAUGAGAAAAAAUUUAAAAAUACAGAUAAACGUUGCAUUUUACAGAAUGUCUCAGAAUCAGAAGAUAGUGAUGUCAUCUAUCCUACACAAUAUACAACUGAGAGAUUCCCUGACAAUAGUAUAAGAUUUAAGCCACCCUUGGAGGGAUCUGAGGAUUCUGAAACAGAACACUCUGUAAAAAGAAGAAAUGAUGAUGAUGGUCGAAAGACUGAUGACAGAAGAGAUGGAAUAAUUUCAAAAAAGUUAAGUCCUGAGAACACAACCCUGAGAUCUAUUGUGAAAAGAAAAGUCACUAGUGAUAUCAGUGAUGAAUCUGAUGACAUUGAGAUUUCUUCCAAGUCAAGAGUAAGAAAGAGAGUUACUAGUUCAUUGAGGUUUAAGAGAAGAAAGGAAACCAGGAAAGAACUUCACAGUUUUCCUAAAACAAUGAACAAAACAAACCAAGUAUAUGCAACAGAUGAGGAUCAUAACUCUCAAUUUAUUGGUGAUUAUUCAUCCUCAGAUGAGAGUUUAUCUGUCAGCCACUUCAGUUUCUCUAAACAGAGCCACAGAUCAAGAACUAUAAAAAAUAGAACCAGUUUUUCUUCAAAAUUGCCUAGCCAAAAUAAGAAAAAUAGCACUUUGAUGCCAAGAAAACCAAUGAAAUGUUCAAAUGAGAAAGCUGUCAAUAAAGAGCAGUCCUGUGAAUCAAUGGAUAAAUUUUUAGAUGGUGUUCAGGAAGUGGCUUAUAUUCACUCAAACCAGAAUGUGAUUGGAUCGAGCAAAGCCGAAAAUCACAUGAGCCGAUGGGCGGCACAUGAUGUAUUUGAGUUGAAGCAGUUUUCCCAGCUGCCUGCUAACAUAGCUGUUUGCAGUUCUAAGACAUAUAAAGAAAAAGUGGAUGCAGAUACAUUGCCACACACAAAGAAAUGCCAGCAACCGAGUGAAGGCAGCAUUUCACUUCCUCUUUAUAUUUCACACCCUGUAAGCCAGAAGAAGAAAAAAGUCUACCAUACAAACCAGACCACCUUCAUAAUUGGAGAAACACCAAAAGGAAUCCGCAGUCAAUCGGAAUCAAGACUGUACCCCCUUCUGCUGCAGUUACAUGAUCAUCUGAGGCGUUCAUUCCCACCUCUCCUUCCGGAAGCUUAGUCAGACAGAAGAUGAAUUGAGCUGUGUUCCACCCUGCUUCCUCCAGAAAGAGAGAGGAAUUUGAAUUAUAUCCAUGAUACAUAACUGCUUUUAAUACACUUGCUGAAAGAUACGUAUCUUUGGUUUCUUUUUUCUCCCCUUUCCCUAAGUGGGUUAUGGAAUUCUACUUUAGGUUACUCAUUUUUCUUCACAGAGUGGCUGCCUUACACCCCCUGGUUGUACCCUGUAGUUUCUUACACUCUUAGAGAAAAUUCUGAAGGCCCAGAAUUAGGAAAGCUAGUUAGAAGGCAAAAAUAAAACGAAUGAUAAUUAUAGCUUAUCCUGUAAGCAACAACCAUGUGGCAUAUUGUACUUGCAGACUACUCAGAUAAAAUGAGGUUAGAAGCACCUCUACACCCAGAGGUGACGGGUCAUGGAAGAGGUCAUGGUUUCAGCACAGCAGAGGCGAAGUUACUUUGGCAGCUGCUGAGACACCACAGUCUUGGAUAAAUAAAUGACAUCAGCUUGUAAUCUUGCCAAUCACUUAAUCUUUACAAGCACAAAUAUUUAUUAGAAUGUCCAUGAAAAUGGAUUUGGAGAUGAUUAAUAAACAGAAUAAUAUCUCAUUACUUCAUGUGAAGUGAAAACUGGAACCUCUUAAGAACAUGCUUGUUACUUUUCAGCAAGAACAUUGGCAGUUUCCAGGACAGAAAUUCAGUGUCUUGUGUGUCUGUUAUUAAAUAUUCUGUUAAUAUUUAUAAGAUGAGAGUGGCUGCUGGUCCAGCAUGUAUGCUAUCCGGAUUUGGGGAAGUUAACAAGACAGCGUAGUGAGGACUAGACGCCAUGGGCCCAUCUGAGGCCACAAAGGAAAGUUGUGAGCAUGCUUUAUGGUCUGCCACUAACAGCAAAGGAAACACAAACUAUAUAACCUGGUCUACGUGUCAAAGAUAAAAGUGGCUUUGAAGCUUCUACUUAUAUACAUUAAAAGUAAAUUACUGUUUUAUGCUAAAGAUUCUCUGUUGUGCAUAGGAUAAAAUUCAAACUUCUGAACUUGGCAUACAGACCCCCUGUGAUUUUUAGCAUCUUCCUUGCAGUUUCUCCUGUGCCUCCAUGAACCGGGUUAUCUUGGACCUGAGCCUGUACAUGGGCCCCCUCCCGCUGUGAGACUUCCUCACUCAUCAUUACCUGACAGACUUGUCAGGAAGAGAUGCCUUUUUUACCCACCUUGCCUACCACCCAAGUUUCGCUAAUCCAGGUUUCCUUUCUGUGAGUGCCAGUAGAGCCCCAUAUUUACCUCCUGGUAAAUUUACAUUAUGGGUUUAUCACUCUAUUCUAGUUUGAUUUUCAUGCAUUUGUCUCCACCAAGUAAACUGUAGACUCCUCAAAGAUAGGAAACGGAGUCUUAUUUGCUGUUAUAUAGUUCAUGCUAUAAUGCCUAGCACAUAACAGGCUCUAAACAUUUGUUGAGUGAAUAAAUGAAUGUUUUAAGGAACUGUGGUAUAAAAUAUAAUUUCUGAAACUUUAGGACUUUUAAUCAUGGGCUGCUACACUCACUAUCUAUGACUUUUGUUCAAAGGAGUAUUUAUAAACAUUGAGUUUUCCUGUCUCAUGGCCUAAACUCAUCAUCAGCAAAGCAAUACCCACUGUCUUAGUCUGCUUGGAUUGCGAUAACACAAUACUAUAGACUGGGUGGCUUAAACAACAGAAAUUUUUUCCACAGUUCUGGCGGCUGGAUGGCUAACAGUAAGAAGUUACCUGAUUCAGUUUCUGGUGAGAGCCCUCUUCCUGGGUUACAAGUGGCCACCAUCUCCCUCUAUCCUCACAUGGCAAAGAGGAAGAGGAAGAGGGAGAAGAGAACAAAACUCUGUGGGUUCUCUGGCAUCUCUUCUAAGGACACUAAUCCUGUUGGAUCAGGGCCCCACCCUUAUGACCUCAUUUAACCUUAAUUACCUCCUGAAGGCACAACUCCAAAUACUGUUAUGUUGUUGGUUAGGGGGGCUUCACACGAUUUGGUGGGGGGUGCAGUUUAGUCCAUAGCACCCUCAUUUAGGGAAAGGAGCAGGGCUCAUUGCCCAGGUCCCUAAAUCUUUCUGCCUCUAUCUUACCAAGGUUCUUGAAGUUCCAUUUCCUCAUACAUGCAUACAACAGCUUUUAUUAGCAUCUUACUCUAAGAAUACAACACACUUCUAAUAGCAUCUCACUUCUUAACUUAGGUAUCUAUAUCAUCUGGGGAAAAAUAAUCUAGGUUGAUCAGUUUAGAACUUUCCUUUGGGCUCAUCAAAAAGUCUUGUGCAAUUUCUAUAUUGUGUUCAUAGAAUAAGGGGAAAAGGAGAGGGAAGGGAAAAAAACAAGCAUCUUUCUUAAUUUUUCAGAAUUUGCUCUUUUCGUUAAGAUUCUUCUUUGACAAUUUUAUUUCAUAAGACUUGAAUACAGUAUAGAUUUUCAAGUACAGAUUCUAUAAAUUAUGAUCCUCAUGUCAGUCAUAAAUUGGAUCACUGGAGGAGUAGCAUGCUGGGCCUCCCUCCAUAAUUCCCAGGAAAUACCUAAUAUAAUAGCAUAAAUCAAAAUAACUUACAAAGCUGGUGAUUUCAUGAGCUAAAUUACUUUUCUCAGUAGCAUAAGGGAAGAGGCCUCAUUCUACUAGGAUAAAAUGUAUUUUCAUUAUGGAAUUCAGCAGACGUAUGCUAAAGGAACUUACCUUCCUUGGCCUCUACAUUUCCUGUUACUGAUUAUGAGUUCUUUCAACAUAAAAUGUAAUGAAAAUAACUACUAGUUUUGUUCAUUUAAUCUUUAGAAAACAAUUUGAAGAAAUGGCCUCUCACUUUAACUCGUCUUCUGUAAAUGAAUUUGCUAAACAUAUAACCAAUGCCACAUCAGAAGAACGACAGAAAAUGCUAAGAGAUUUUUAUGCUUCUCAAUAUCCAGAGGUAAAAGAAUUUUUUGUGGAUUCUGCAUCAGAAUUCAACAAUUCUGCCUUUGAGAAAGGAGAGCGCAUCAGAAAGAAAUCUGAAAAAAGAAAACCUCUAAGGCUGUCAGAUUCUGAAACCUUGUCUUUUAAAGAUUCUACCAACAAAAUUUCUCAAAUUGGCUGCCCAAAAACAUACAAAGGAAAGCCAAUUAAGUUUCAAAAUCAUAGUUCUUAUAGAGAAGAAAUGUUUUCUAAUGAUGCAGAAACUAAGAAAUCACCUGUUAGUUCUACUCAAAAGAUUGACAGUGGGAAAAACAGCCAAGCAUCUGAAGGUACUGUGACAUCCCGUUCUCUGAACAGUGAGUCAGAAGCACAUGAGAGAAGGUUUGAAAAUACCAUGAAAGACCAACAGGACCUCACGAGAACAGGCGUUUCAAGAAAAGAACCCCUUCUCAAAUUGGAAAACGAAAAGAUAGAAAAUCCUGUGCUGGAAAAGACUUCUGUGAUAAGCUUACUUGGUGAUACCUCUAUUCUUGAUGACCUUUUUAAAAGUCAUGGGAACAGUCCCACACAACUGCCAAAGAAAGUUCUUUCAGAGCCCAUGGAAAAAGCAAAACAGAGACCAAAAGAUUUCUGGGACAUCUUGAAUGAGCAGAAUGAUGAGAGUCUUAGUAAAUUCACAGACCUGGCGGUAAUAGAGACUCUGUGUGAAAAAGCACCUCUGGCAGCACCGUCCAAAAGGAGAGAAGAGCCGGCAGCUUCUCUUUGGAAAUCAAAUGAGAAAUUUUUAUGGAAGAAGUUUAACUCAAGUGAUACAGAUGAAAACACAGCCAGUACACAGAGUACUAUAUAAGCAUAUAGAUGAAUUAUCUUGAACACAGUUAUUGACAUAUAUUUUUAUUAAAUUCUUGCUUUAGGAUUUUUUAAAGUCUAAAGUAUUAUGGAUUUGUUUUUCUUGAUAUUUGAUUUGAUCUUUCAAGAAUAUAAUUGUAUUUAUAGUAUAAAUCUCUGUUAUGAAAUGGAAAAGAUUCUAGGUUUGUUAGAUUCUGGGACAUCUUUCUUAUUGUAUUACAUAAACGAUGUGACACUUGCCCUGGUGAGCAUUGUUUUCCAGUAUGAAAGAUGAAGGGUCUGAAUCAAAUCAGCAUGAGUGCCCUUCCAGUUUAAUAAAGCUUUGCUCUGCUCUCCCUGUGACUCACUGGCUAAAUCAUGUCCACCCCUCAAAUCCAGCAUACACUGAUGUGUUUUUUUAACCAGCACUUGGGAAAGUUAUUAGGUAUUUUCUUUUUCCCUGGGUAUCAUAUCCUAUUAUUAUUUUAGAAAAAAGUCGUAACUAGUACUAAAUAUAUGAUAUAUAUUGUAUAUAUGGUAUUAAAAUAGUAAUUUUACAACCAUUCAGAAUUUAAAGGUUAAUGUUAAACAUUUUACUGUAUGAGCUGUGAUUACUACCAUUAGCCACAGACACCAGUGCCUCAACUUUCUAUAUACCUAUUCUGAUUUAAUCAAUAUAAAUAAGGGUUUAUAUAGUACUUUUGUAGCUCUUAAGUAUGAAGAAAUGAGUAUACUUUUUAUUUUGUUAGAAACUGUUAUGUUUUGAAUUUAAUUUAUAUGGUUUAUAAGAAAAUGAAUGUGCUCACUGUUGAGUGCAUGUAUUUAGAAGCUUUCACUCAGCCCCUGUAUUCUGUGCUAGGAGCUUGAUAUACAGGUCAGGCCUGUACAUCAGGUUAUCAGUGGUUGAACCAUUCCUGCAGGUGAAUGAAAGGAAAUCAUGUCAGUGAAAAAUCACGGUGGAAAGCCCCUGGUAUCAUGCGUGCACGCUGUAGGCAGGACCUGAGCCGCCUCUGCUGCGGGUUCAGAUGCACCGCUGCAGCUCUCCUUCAGUUAUCUCACAGGGCUGCGAGUGAAGGAUGCAUCCCUCUGGAAAAUGGCCUGAGCCAGGAACUGGCUGUGCUACAGAGCACUGCUGCCGAAUUGAGGAGAGAGGGCUUCCGUGUACCCAGGAUGUGGAGUCAUUACUCAGAAGUGGAAAAAACAAAAAAGUCUUCCCAAGGAACUGAUUGGCCAAGUAUGCUUUUCUUUAAAGCAAUGUUUUGCCCUAGAGAACUGUAAAAUACAUUUUAUAUCAUGACUCAGUACAUGUGUUCAUACAUAUAUAUAUAUAUGAUUGAAAUAAAAUGUUUAUGAAAUAUUUA